CCGCGCGGCCGCGGCCUUCGGGGCCGGCCCGGGCUCAGCAUGCCCGGGGUGAAGCUGACCACCCAGGCCUACUGCAAGAUGCUGCUGCACGGCGCCAAGUACCCGCACUGCGCCGUCAACGGCCUGCUGGUGGCCGAGAAGCAGAAGCCGCGCAAGGAGCACCUGCCCCUGGGCGGCGCGGGCGCCCACCACACGCUCUUCGUGGACUGCAUCCCCCUGUUCCACGGCACGCUGGCCCUCGCCCCCAUGCUGGAGGUGGCGCUCACCCUGAUUGACUCCUGGUGCAAAGACAAUAGCUAUGUGAUCGCUGGUUACUAUCAAGCCAAUGAGCGCGUCAAGGAUGCCAGUCCAAACCAGGUCGCAGAGAAGGUGGCCUCCAGGAUUGCCGAAGGCUUCAGCGACACAGCUCUCAUCAUGGUGGACAACACCAAGUUUACGAUGGACUGCGUAGCACCCACGAUCCACGUGUACGAGCACCACGAGAGCAGAUGGCGCUGCAGGGACCCACACCACGACUACUGUGAAGACUGGCCGGAGGCGCAGAGGAUCUCGGCGUCGCUGCUGGACAGCCGCUCCUACGAGACGCUGGUGGACUUCGACAACCACCUGGACGACAUCCGCAAUGACUGGACAAACCCCGAGAUCAACAAAGCCGUCCUGCACCUGUGCUAGGCAGGGCCCUGCGCCGCGCGAGAAGGAAGCCCACUUGUCCUGUAAAUAGAGCUCUGGGUGCCAGGAGCAGCGCUGGCGGCUCUGGGAGGUGCCACGUGCCUGGGAAGAGGGCACGCGUCCCGCCGCGGCUGGAAGAUUGGCUCGCGUCCAGUCUGACCGUCCGCGCGGAGCCUCCCCAGCUGUGUGUUGCUCUAAUCCUCCACAUCAGAGCUCUUCCUGCCCGCCCGCGUUGUUCUACUGCACAGUUUUAACUGACGUUUUAUAAUCUGGAGAGAGUACUUUUUAAAGCUUAUGAACUGUCUUUUAAAAAAAAAGGCCGUAUCUUAUACUCCA